AUGUAUUUCUACGACGACAUGAUCUUAGGAUCAUCUUUAACUACCACACAAUUUCACAACAAUGUGGACUAUUUGCAAUAUGUUCCUAAAGGUGAAAAGGAAACUCACUAUUUAAACAAUAAUCUUAAUUUAAUCAACUUUAUCAAAUAUAUCCAAGCUAAUCCAGAAUACAGUAUCCACAACCAGUUCUUGUGCCGAAGAUUAAUGAAUAUCUGCUGGAGAAGAAUCUACAAAAACCAUCACAAUUUAACUGAAGUCAACCCAUUGACUAUAAACUGGGACAAAAACUCAGAUAUCACUUGGUUAUUUGGUCCAGAAAUUGAACUACCUGAAGAAAAAACUACUCAACAAGAACAACAAUCAUCCAUUGAUUUUUAUGACAAUUCAGAUAAUAUUAGCAUUUCUUCUUUUGAAUCCUUUAGUUCCAUAGAUAGUGAAGAUUUCCCAAGUUCAUCAAGAAGAAGAUCAACCACAUCUACAAAUUCAUCAGUUGUUUUAGAUGAAGAUGAAGAUAUAAUUAUGAAAUCAGGCAGUCAUCAUGAUUUAACUAAAUCCAUUCUUAAAAAGAAAACCAGUGUUCAUAAUAAUAAUGUUAAUAAUAAGAAUAAAAAGAAAAAGGUGUCAUUUAAUUAUAUUGUCAAUACUAGAGAAAUCAUCAAUGGUAUGUCUGUUGAUUAUGAUUUCUUAGAUAAGGAUUGCUUAUAG